AUGGAUGGCUUGCCUAUGGAAGCCGACGUUCUUUUUGAAAGUUCUUCAACACUGUUUACCAUUGAUUCCUCUACUUACAAACUUCUUUACAAAGCCUACACUGAGGCUGACAUGAAGGAGCUACUAGAGAAAUUGUUGACGUGUAUGGACAGAGAUGGCAUUAUCCCAAACAAAAUAUUCUUUCUCGAUGCUUUGGGAGGCAUUGGGUCUUCAGACUACUUGCACAAUUUGGUUCCCAUCCUUAUGACAGAGUCUGUUAAUCAACAUCCUCUCAUCACUAAGGUCAAUAACUGGGAAGAGGACAGAGAUUCCGUUGAGGAGUUCUUUGAGGACGGUGUUAUUUCUGAGGUUACUAAUUGGGUUGGGCCUCCAUUUAUUACCUCCACUGUUGGGCUUGAUUGGGCUGUAGUUUUAUAA